CUUCCGGCUUGGGAGGAGCGAAGGGCCGAGGGCGGGGCCUGGCAGAGGAGGAAGCAGGCCAAGCCGGGCGGCGGCUCACGGGGGGGCGAACCAUGGACAGCCAGGGCAGGAAGGUGGUGGUGUGCGACAACGGCACCGGGUUUGUGAAGUGUGGAUAUGCAGGCUCUAACUUUCCUGAACACAUCUUCCCAGCUUUGGUUGGAAGACCUAUUAUCAGAUCAACCACCAAAGUGGGAAACAUUGAAAUCAAGAAUAACAAAAAGAUGGAUCUUAUGGUCGGUGAUGAGGCAAGUGAAUUACGCUCAAUGUUGGAAGUUAAUUACCCCAUGGAGAAUGGCAUAGUACGAAAUUGGGAUGACAUGAAGCACCUGUGGGACUACACAUUUGGACCAGAGAAACUCAAUAUAGACACCAGAAACUGCAAAAUUUUACUCACAGAACCUCCUAUGAACCCAACCAAAAACAGGGAGAAGAUUGUAGAGGUAAUGUUUGAAACUUACCAAUUUUCUGGUGUGUAUGUAGCCAUCCAGGCAGUUCUGACUUUGUAUGCUCAAGGUUUAUUGACUGGUGUAGUAGUAGACUCUGGAGAUGGUGUGACUCAUAUUUGCCCAGUGUAUGAAGGCUUUUCUCUUCCUCACCUUACAAGAAGGCUGGAUAUUGCUGGGAGGGAUAUUACCAGGUAUCUUAUCAAGCUGCUGCUGUUGCGGGGAUAUGCCUUCAACCAUUCUGCUGAUUUUGAGACAGUUCGCAUGAUUAAAGAAAAGCUUUGUUAUGUGGGCUACAAUAUUGAGCAGGAGCAGAAGCUGGCCUUAGAGACCACAGUGCUGGUUGAGUCGUAUACACUCCCAGAUGGACGCAUUAUUAAAGUUGGAGGAGAGAGAUUUGAAGCACCAGAAGCUUUAUUUCAGCCUCACUUGAUCAAUGUUGAGGGAGUUGGUGUUGCUGAAUUGCUUUUUAACACAAUCCAGGCAGCUGACAUCGAUACCAGAUCUGAAUUUUACAAGCACAUUGUGCUUUCUGGAGGGUCAACCAUGUAUCCUGGCCUGCCAUCAAGGUUGGAACGAGAGCUUAAGCAGCUUUACUUAGAACGAGUUCUAAAGGGAGAUGUGGAAAAACUUUCCAAAUUUAAGAUCCGAAUUGAAGAUCCGCCCCGCAGAAAGCACAUGGUAUUCCUGGGUGGUGCAGUCCUGGCAGACAUCAUGAAAGACAAAGACAACUUUUGGAUGACUCGACAAGAGUACCAAGAAAAGGGUGUACGUGUGCUGGAGAAACUCGGUGUGACAGUUCGAUAAAAUGCCAGGCUUGUUCCCAUCAUGCCUCUGAUGCAGUCUUCUUUUUCCUCUUUUUUAAAAAAAAAUUUCUUUAUUGCCAGUCUUUGAACUCAUUCAACUCCAGGACUGAAAGAGGCCUCUCUGUCCCCUUUGACUGGAAAGGUCCAGUUUUAUUCUCUGUCUUGGGGAAGCAUUGUUUAAUUCUUGUUAAUGUGGGUAAAUCUGGUUGUUUGAUGCAACCACUUCUCUCCAAACAUAACCCAAAGGCAAAGGGCCUCUGCUGCUUUCCCUCUUUCUAAGUAGGCAUUUAGAUCAUUUCCUGUAGUCUUUCUAUUUUUGCUUUAUUGCUCUAAUGCUGCUAGUUUUAGUUUAGCACUGUAGGUGGUAUGUCUUUAUUAGCAUAAGGAAAAACUUUCACAUGAGCUUUUACAUACUCUGGGAGGGGGUGGUAAGGGAUGGGUGGGCAGCCCCUGAGCCCUUUAGGUCAUUUCCUCUAUAGUGUUAGCUUUCAGCAGUCAACUGCUGCCACUUUUUAAGUACCCUGAAGCUUGUCCUGUUAACAUCUUCAGGAAGCUCAGAACUAAGGUGUUUGGGGUAGGUUUUGUGUGGUGGGACAAAUGGGUGGUCUUUCUGUUGUGGUUUUGGCGGGUUUCUGCUUCUGGGUUUGUGAGAUGAACCUCAAUUAUAGGACUCUGAUUGGUAGGUUUCUUCUUUUGGUCUGCCUAGAACUGUUUCCAUAUGAUAGGAAAAAAGCAAGUUGAGCGUUUAACUACCAUGAGGUUUAGGGAUUAAUUCCUUAAGUCAAACUAUUAGCUGAGAGUGUACUUCCUAAACUAUCAGUGAGAAAGUAACAUUUUAAACAAAAUGUUUUCGUUAAGCCAAAUUAUAGAUAAAAAAUUAGUUAGGGUGGUAUUUUCUAAACACUGUUGUUUAUUCAGGAAGCAUUGGAGUAAUGAUGCUGCAAGCAUUCUUGAAAGUUGUACUCUUAUGUACCUGAUCAGUGCUCCUUGACUGAAACAACAAUACACAGAAAUAGUUACUGGCAGUGGGUUAUAAUUGUUGUAUUAACAUUAACAUUGGGACUUGUUGCCAGUUUUUUCUUUUUCCUUUUUCUUUUCUUUUUUUUUAAUGAGACCUGGAACUAAAAUUUUAGCAACAACAAUAGAAACUUUACCAGGAGUCAACUAUACGUUUGUACUAAAAACUAAUCAUGACUGCUACUUCCCAGCCAUCUUUUGUUCUUGAAAGAAAAGUGGUUAGGAUUUUGGAUAUGUUUGCAGACCUGUCGGGAAGUCCUAUUUAUGAGUCCAGUUGGUAUUGUUUGUUAUCUCAAAAAACAUCCGGUAGUACCUAGAUGUAAUGUGAGGUCUUUCUAACAUUGAAAAAUGAAAUAUUGAGACGUCGUAUCACAGAUAAUACAAAAUGAUAAUUCUGGGAGAAAUAUUUUCCUUCAUUUCAAAAUACUCUUUACUAAUGAUGAAUUUGAAAGAAUGGCUUUUUUCCCUUUCUUUUUGGAUGCUUAACAUCAGAAUUUUUAGUGGAUUUUUUUGAGAUAACUUUUAAAAUUCAUUUAUAUAAAAUCAGCAGCAAAAGGAAGUUAGUUUUAAUUAUGCAGCUUCUGUGAUAUUAAGUAUUUUUUUGCCUGCUUUACCUCAAUUUGAACAAAUAGGAGAAGUCUGUGUGCAUGCUGGACAUGCUUAAUACACACAACAGCCCGCCAGUGCCGGCUGGUCGGUGUUGGGUGCGUGACUCAGAGUCACCUUGGAAUUCCUAAUUGUUCCUAAAUCAUGUUGUCAAACACCCCAGUCUUGGGAGUCCUGGGCCCAUUGCAGGACACCUACUGUAUAUAGGACUGGUACCAAUGACUAUUGAGGGCAGAAAAAUGAUGGACUCUUGGCUUUGAGCAUGCUUUUAAAUAUCGGGGUAGAAAACAAGAAACAACAGGGUGGAAUCCUAAAUAAAACAGUGAAAGAGCAUUAUCAUUUGUACCUUGAAUGUAGAAUUUGUUUUUAUUUCAUAAUUCUGCUAGCAAACAUGACUGUUAAAAAUUAUGUAUUUAUAUAUGUAAUAAUUUAGAAAUUCCAUUUUAUAGUUUUCCUAUCCUAAGGUGAAAUAAUGAAUUUAAUAAUUUGGGAGUUGGGACAUACUGUAUGUAUUCUAUUGGAGGUGUCAGGUUUGAGUCCUUCAAAAAUUAAAAAAAAAUGUUUUUUUAAAAGAUCAGAUUCUUAGCUCUUGAAACCCAUUGUCACUUAGAUUUCCAAUGCUAAUUACAAUUCCUUUUUUAUUUUUAAAUUAAAAUCACCAAUGCCUUGAGGGAUUUCUUAGAAAAUGUGGUAUUGGAUGUUAACUUUCACAGUUCUGCGCACUGUUAGUAUCUAUCUGGCAAGUAUUUGAGAAAUCAAUGGAAAGCUAAAUAUUCUAAAUUUAACACAAAUAUACUUCUUUUCAAUUAAGAAAAUAAAAUCAGAUUUUUCAAAGUAA